AAAACAGGUAGCGAACGAAAUUGUGAAAAUGUACUAGCUCGCGAGGUGCCCAUAACCAAAUAUGGCGCGAUGAACCAUAUAUGGAUUCUAUGAUUGACAAGCUCGCGCAAUCUAAAAAUAGCUUUCAUGGACGGCAUCAUGGGCCACGGGGAUUCGUUCUCUUAUAUCAUAGUCUCUUGAUAUACUUGAAUUAUUUCAAUGGAGCCUAGGGCUAGGCUACUAAGCUAACAAUCCCAGUCUAGCAAGUACAUGGAACGCCUGACGACUUUUGCUGUUCCCCGCCAUUUCUUGAAUCUUGAAUGAAAGAGAGAAGUAUGUCUCUUCUCUCUGUCUUCUCACCACCCCCUGGCCCUGACACGGUCACGGUUUUUGAGAAAAAUACUAAUUACGUGUGCGAGGAUUAUAGCCGAAAAGAGCCGAUGAGACAGUGUGUCAUACAGGGAGUAGACUACCCACAAAUCACUCUUGAGAAAGAGGGUGUUAAGGCUGCAAGGAGUUUAGCCAAGUCUGGUGAUGAAUGGGAUCCCUUUGUUUCACCAAUAGAGGAUAGCAGCCUAUGGCAAAGGUUAUUCCAAACCCUGAGCUCAAAAGGCCUUUCGGGCUGUCUGCAAGAAAUACAGAGAGACAAAGAGAAAGUUCCUGCCUGGUUAAUGUCUAUUGGUGAUGGGGUGGUUUCUAUGUCUACUUGGUUUGCUUCGCUGUAUGGCAAAGUCUUCCCACAUUUAAAUCUUUCAAGAGAAGAAAUGAUAACAGCAUUUUCUCCUCCCUCUCACUGGCUGUCUUCCCAAAUUAGAGCUAUUGCAUGGCAUCCACAUGCUUCAAAGUUUGCAUUAGCAUGGCAGGAUGAUGUGAUCAAGGUUCAUACUCUGAAAAGUGCUGUUGUUCCAGUCCUAAAACACAGACAACAAAGAGGGAUUGUAUGCGUUGCAUGGAGGCCUUUAUCAGCAUCUGUACUGGCAGUAGGGUGUGACACUGGUGUACUGGUAUGGACAGUUGAUCCAACAUCUCCUGUGACAAGACUAGGGAGCAAUGUUGUGCAGCAUUUAUCAUAUCGUGGCCAUAGUCCUGUCACGACCAUUGCAUGGAGCCAUGAUGGUCAGUUCCUGGUGUCUGGUUCGCCCCUCAGCAGUAGUCUGUUGUUGUGGGAUACCACCAUUGAGACUGCCACGCCCCUGUACCGUGCUGGGGGCGGCAUCUCCCUGACCUGCUGGGCCCCAGACGAGAGUAAGCUGCUGGUUGCCUCACCACUAUCCAUGUUCAGGAUUUGGGAGACAAAGACAUGGACUUGUGAGAAAUGGUCUAAUCUAAGUGGGAGAUGUAAGUCGGCUUGUUGGAGUCCAGAUGGUUCCAUACUUGUGUUUGCAGUUGCAGAAGAGCCAGCCUUGUACUACCUCAAGUUUAACAUUCUUCUAGAUGCAGAUGACGGUAUCGAGAGCGCGACUAGCGAAGCCCAAGUAGCCGUCAAGUGUGCUAAUCUUGAAAGGCAUUCCUGGGACUUGCCCACAGGGACUAUAACCGUCGGUGGCCUAGUUCACACAAUGGCAUGGGACCCCACCGGAGAAAGGCUGGCUGUUAUAUUUGAGGAUGACGGCCAGCGAGCACAACCGAUGGUCGUCAUGUUCAAAACGAGGCUGAAGCCCACGUUCGAGGUCCUGCCAAGUGGUUUCGUUCAAGGUCCGCCAGAUACAAUACCGCAGCUAAUCGCAUUUCAACAGAACUUCAAACAUGGAGCCGUGUUGACUGUGUGCUGGUCUGACGGAACCAUAUCAUUCGUGCCUCUGCUCUAUACUCCUCUAACAGAAGAUGAUGGACAGGCCUACCGCGGUGGCCCGGCAAAUGGAAUCCCACGGGCACUGGCCAUGUACUCUGAGUAAUGCAUAAACCAGGUGUAAGGUGUAGAUGGGGUAUUACAACGGCGCAUCUCAAGGUAUUCCACGAUUACUGGCCAAGAGCUCUGAAUACGUAACUUAUUCUAUAGCAAAGGGUAUAGGCCGUGGUUAAUAAUACAGAGGUUCGUAUCUUAGGAUAAACUGCAGUCACCGGAAAGAGCCUGAAUAGGUAAUUAGUAGAGGGGGGAGGGCUGUGGUGAUAUACAUAGCUACUGUUCGUGUCUAAUGGUAUAUGCCCGCGUCCGCGCUAGUCUUUAAAUACUCCGACUAGAGAAAUGAAUUAACGAGAAUAGGGAACAUAGAUUAUAAUACUAACAAAUAUCUCUCAUGGGCAUAUUACGUUAAUUGACCAUGUACUGAUACCAAAUAACACCUAAUGGAAAACAAGAUGUUCACUUACAGUUGAAUCACCGCAAAGACGAGGAUGAUAAUCGAUCUUGUGGAAUGAUACUUGUGAAUCAAAUAAAUAUUUUUAUAUUAGCAGUAAGAUUGAUGAACUCAGUUAAUACAUAUAAACGCCAGAUUAUACUCGACCUUUCUCCUCUCUCUCUCCUCUCUUGCGAUCAGGUUGAGCUAAUGGUUUAUCAGUUACUCGUAGGCUUUCAGUAUCUGCUAGCAUUUUACUCGCUAGACAUUUUUGUGUUUCUAUAUAUAAAAAAAAAACACCAUGCUGCCCCUGUGGUCAAUGUUGCUGCCUUUCAAAAGAGUACCAUCACGGACACCACCACCACUGAUGAUGCCGAAAUAACAUGACGAACCGAAGAACUGCUUUAGAUAAAGGCUCUGUGGUAGUUACCUUUGUGAAAGUCCCAAAAUAUUAAUGACAUAUCAGGCGAACAAUACGCUAUACUGAGACCUAGAUCUACUCUAGGGUUUACUAUUGAUUUUAUCCUGAUUCUCAACUAAUCAUACCAUGUUAACGGUUUCUUUGAAUAAAAAUACUCCCCCUGGUGGA